AUGGAUCCCCAUCCUGGCAAGAAGCGAUGGCAGGAGCGACGCUGGAAUCUUUGGGCCAGUGCGCUCACGCUCAACAUGGCAUCGGGAGGUGUGUACGACUACAGCGCCUUUAGCCCGGCGGUGAAGGAGACGUUUGGGCUCUCCCUGCGAGAAGCGGACCUGAUGAUGAACUUUGCCUUCUUCUUCUACGCAGCCACCUCCUUCGGCUACGGCGUUUGCAACUACAAGCUGGGACCCAAGCUUGGGCCACGCCUGGGCUGCUGUGUCAUGCUAUCCAGCUACACUGUGGUGGUGAUCAACCUGAAUCGGCCCCUUCUGCCAGGUAAAGCCGGUGCGGCGCUGAUGUCGCUGCUGCUUGGCAUUGGCUGGGCCGGUCUCGGUACGAGCUUAGGGGCCACGUUCCAGCGUGUCAUGCAGGUCUUUCCACAGACCGACGGAUGGGCCAUAGGCGUGCUCAAAGCAAGCGUUGGAGCUGGCGGGGCAGUGCUGCCAGCAUUGUACUUCGGCCUGAUGGGUGUGCGCCCGGGACAAAGCAUGCUGGGCAUGAAGUUCUUUCCCGCAUACAGCAGCUGCCUUCUGGCACUCUCAACCUUUGUCGUCACUUGCUGCAUGGAUGCGCAGCCCGGCUUUUCAAGAUCCGAAGCUCGAAACUUCCUGCACACCGCAGUCGCAGUCAUUUUUAUCACGACAGCAGCAACAGCUUCGAGUCUGCUGCCUCUGGGAUCCAUGAGCACAUCUUUAGCCAUCGUGGCGCUCGUGUUCCUCGUUCUCAUGCUGACCGCAGCAACUUGCUUACCCGAUAUUCAAGAAGAGAGGCCAAAUCAAGGACAGGAGUCGGAGCCCAUGCACAUCAUCAUACAGCGUGCUGUGCUGACCUGGGAGUAUUGGGUGUACAUUGGCGUAUUUUGCACGUGCGCCGGUUCUGGGCAGAUGAUCUUGACCAAUCUGUAUCAAAUCGCAGAUGCCAGUGGCUACGCUGAGAGAAGUGAAGCGCUCCUCUGCCUCGUGAAUUUUGGGAGCAUGCUGGGGCGGCUCGGCUUCGGAGCCGCUUGUGACGUGCUUCGGCGCCGCCGCGCCUCCCGAACCCUCUUGUUUCUGCUGUGCAACCUGCUUGGCAUUGUGGGGCAAGCCCUCUUUUACAUGGCGGCGGUCGGAGGGCAGGAGCUGCUUUUGUAUGCUGGCGCUGUGGUCACUGGAUUCGGCUUUGGCGGGGGCUUUCCCACAUUGGUAAAUGUCUGCGCGGCGCGCUGGGGCAGUGCCACACUCAGCGCUAACUGGACCUUCAUGGAUGCUGUGGGCAAUGGAUGCGCUUCAAUCCUCUUUGGCAGCAUUUUGGGAAGCUCUUCAUAUGAUCGCCAUGCAGACAGCAGCCACUCUUGCUUCGGGCCGCAGUGCUUCGCGCUGCCGCACAUAUUGAUGGCAUCGGCCUGCGCUUGCGGGGCAGCCUUGUCCCUGGUGUUGAUCUGGAAACACCCGCGCAACAGCGAGGUUCGACGAUCCCUGUCUCAGUCGUUCAGGCUGCGCUCAGGAGUGGCAAACUUCGACAUCACCUUUUGA